GGGGGUUGACUGGUGGGGCAACUGAAUCUGCUUGCAGCAGAUAACCUACCAAACAAGCUAAUAUGGAAACCACAUGUAACUUAGCCAGACUAUACCUUGUGUAGCUUCAAGAACUCGCAGUACAUUACCAGCUGUGAUUCUCCACUGAAAUUUUUUUUAAGGGAGCUCAAGGUCACAAGAUGGAAACAAAGGAAGAAGUAGCCCUAUCUCGAAGGUGGUUUUGAAGACUCUAUUGCUGUAGUCAGGAUUAACUCCCCUCCCACCCAUCCCCACCCAGAAACUGCAUUUAUAAUUUUGUGACUGAGGAUCAUUUGUUUGUUAAUGUACUGUGCCUUUAACUUUAGACAACUUUUUAUUUUGAUGUCCUGUUGGCUCAGUAAUGCUCAAGAUAUCAAUUGUUUAGACAAAAUAAAAAUUACUGAACUUGGGCUAAAAUCAAACCUUGGCACACAGGUGUGAUACAACUUAAACAGGAAUCACUGAUUCAUCCAUAAUAUUACAAAGAAAAACUUAUGCGGUAGCCUGCAUUAGGGCUUUUGGUAUCUGCAGAUUUGAAAAAUAAAAACAUCUUGAAGCAUAUCAAUGCAAUUAGUUUCUAAUGUGGCAAAACUGUACUAAGUUAAAGUUCUGAUUUGCUCACUCUAUCCUGGAUAGGUACUUAGAACCUGAUAGCCUUUAAUAAGCCAUUCCAGUCAUGAUGAGAUGAUGUAUGGAUACAUGCAUACAUUAAAAGCACUGUUUUUGAAGUUAAUGCAAGUAAAUACAGCAAUUCCUUUUUCAAUAUUUAGGCAGAUCAUUAAUGUGAGCUAGCCAAACGUGGGCAGAAUAUUACAGGGAACGUUUAAAGGUCUGAUAACUUGAAAUAGUUUUUAGGAGAAUUCAUCUAUUUAGACUUUUUAAAAAUGCCUGCCAUAUGAAAUUGAAAUGGUAGAAUGGCUGACCAUGGCAGUGAUUGGUCCUCCUUAAGGGCCUGACUGAAUUUUUGGUCUAAUAACGCAUGCUAGUGUUGAUGUUUUUUGGUCAAGAGGGUAUGAACAGGAAGAAUUAUGCAGCAGGCUUUAUUUUAAUGCAGAUUCACAUUACUCUGUUCAAGCUGCGUGGAGAUGUUAAACUGGCUUACUGUAGACUUUGUAAAAUGGCUCCAGAAGAGUAACAAACAAACCUGAGAUCACAGAGGUUGGAAAUGUACAUAAACUGCACAAGGUUUCAAUUCUGCUAUUAAAGUGCAGUUUUAGUCAGUUUUAGUUGCAUAGGUUUCCAUUGUAUUUAUAGUCUGUUUAUGCUAAAUCUGGCCAAAGAUAAGUAUUGUCCACCAGAAAAACGCCUAAGCCACUUGGAAUUUCUGUGCUAACUUUGUGGCCAGAGCAGUUAACAACUCUAAUCUACAGUGGCGUAGGAAAGAGGCAAAAAUCUCCUAAAGUGCAAUAGAUUUUUUCAAGUGUAUUGUGCCUUGUUCUAAAACUUUUAUUAAGUAGGUGCACUUGACAGUAUUGAGGUCAUUUGUUAUGGUGCUAUUUCAAGUCUAGGUUUAGGCCCUUGUACAUUUUGCCCAUAACUUUUUACAAAAUACUUCUUUUAUUGCACAUUCAGAGAAUUUUAUAUAUGUCUUGUGUGCGUGUCUUUAACUUCCAAUCUUAUUUUGUCUCUUGGAGAUUGAACGCAGCUUGUUUAAGGAGAAGGAAAUAGAUUCUAAAACUUAUUUGGGACCAUGGGAAUGAUAGCUGGGAAGAAAACUAUUUGCACACGACAGAUUUCUAGAUACUUUUUGCUGCUAGUUUUGUGUAAUAUUUAUUGAACAUUUUUGACAAAUAUUUAUUUUUGUAAGCCUAAAAGUGAUUCUUUGAAAGUUUAAAGAAACUUGACCAAAAGACAGUACAAAAACACUGGCACUUGAAUGUUGAAUGUCACCGUAUGCGUGAAAUUAUAUAUUUCGGGGUAGUGUGAGCUUUUAAUGUUUAAGUCAUAUUAAACUCUUAAGUCAAAUUAAGCAGACCCGGCAUUGGCAGUAUAGCCAUAACUUUCUGAUAGUAAAACAAAAAUUGGCAACUUAAAAUUAAACAUGCCAAGGUUUUGAUACACUUGUCUUAAGAUAUUAAUGAAACACUUCGAAACACUGAUGUGAAGUGUCCAGAUUCUCAGAUGUUUGUUGCGUGAGUUUUGUUUAGUUGUGUGUUUUUUUUUUCAGUGAAUGUCUGGCACAUUGCAAUCCUCAAACAUGUGGUUAUCUUUGUUGUAUUGGCGUAAUCAGUGACUUGUGCAUUUUAGCAAGUUUUAUCAGCCAGCAAUACUUUCAGUUCAGUUACAAGGAUUCAAAACAAUAUGCAAGAAUGGAUUUAAACUUGCUGAAUGUGAAAAUUGAAUUUCAAGUCACUGUAGGUUUAGAAUUGCUUAUUGUAUUAGUUUAGAUGCUAGCACUGCAUGUGCUGUGCAUAUUCUUGAUUUUAUUAAAAUAAAAAAGUUGAACUGCAUAGUCUAUUCAUUUGUGAAGCGUCACUCUUCUGGUUUAUGAGAUGUAGCUCGAGCAGUCUCAUCCACAUGCAAAUCUGGAAGCAGGUGAAUAUAGUGUGGUACACAUCAGCGUGCUUAUCAAAUGGGAGCUGAACCCAGCGUUACUGCUGUGGUAGUAAGCAUAGAAUUAUCUGUACCUAGCAGUGUUGGGUUCUUGUUUGAGUCUUCUAAAGUUGAAGUGGGUGUAGGACAGAUCAGAUUUCCUCCCCCUCCCUUAGGGGGUUAACAAGUUCAGCUGUAAUGAAUGAAAUUUGAUUGAAGUUCAUACACAGGCUUCAGUUCUACAGGCUUCAGUUCUUCAGCCUUAGGAAUUCAGAUGUCAUCUUGUGGUUUUGCUGCAUCUUAGUGGAGAUAGCUUGUUGAGGGUGUCACCUGUUGCUGGUUGUUUGGUAGCCUUGUUUGAGAAUAAGAGUGCAGUUGUGUGGGAAAGCUGCAGUAUGUACUGGGUCACAGUUGGAGGGUGGUAGAUUGUCCAUCCUUCCUCCACAGAGUCACUGCCCUUAUAAGAUAGCAGAACCAGACCUGUGCUUGUAGUUCUGCCUUAGCUUAAGAAAAUUAAAGCGUAGCAUUAUGAGCUAUGGAUAGGCUGGAGUGAGCUUGGGUGCUGGGAUAGAUAACCAGGGGGAGGCAGUGAAAGGAAUAGAUUCACUUGUUCAAGUUUGUAUUCAUCUACUGUAGAAACAAUUCUAAAUGCUAUACUGAAAUGACUUAAGUGGGUUGCUGCUGAGAAAGAAGAGAGUGAAAGUAAAUCUGCUACAGAUCCAUGGUGUGGGUUGAAGACUGGUCCCUCAAUUAGUAAAGGUGUGAUGUGUACCUGUAGUCCUGUUUCCAUAAAUGCCCAUCUGCAAGUCUUCCUUGCCUUGUGAAACCUCUACCGCUCAGUAGAGCAUAUGUGCUUUGAAGUAUUGGAGUACUGUGGAGGAGAUAGCUAUGUUUACCUGCAUUGCUUCCUUGUGGCUCGCUGUUUUGAACACACUGAGUGUGGACCACACUAAAUUUACCUGCUUUAGGCUUGCACUAAUUACCAACUUCAUCCUGCAGGGCUUUGUGUUGUCAUGCUAUGUCCCUGGAUGUGCAGCAUGCACUUGCCUUCCAAAAGCUCUAACCUGGCAGUUAUUUCUCCCCUUGUUUUAUUAUUAGUCAUAGGAAUUUCAUACCAUAGUUGGGACAUGAUUGAUUGAAGCAUAGUGUAGUUGGAGAUGAUGCAUAGGGCUUGCAAGUUGAGCCUCCAGCAUAGAGGUUUGUGUUCACUGAGGUUGAGGCUUGUUCAAAGUGAAGGUUACUGCAGGCAGUACAGGCAUGGCAGAAUUCAUUUGGGUGACUGAAGAGCACAGUGGAGCAGAGCAGCCUUUAGGCCAGACAUGCAUAAGCAAUGCUCUGGACCAUGGAACAUACAAAUUAGUGGUAAUGGUUUCUGUAAAGUAGGGGGAAGUCUGAUGUGUAAGAACUGAAGUUUCCUGUUUUUGACAGAACUAUUCAAAAGUUCAAUACAAGUCUAGAAGUGAAGAAAGCAAUUCCCCUCAAGCGGUAUGAGGCUGAAACUAGACAUUUGGGAAAUGGCAGGUAUGAGUGUUAGGAUGCUGAUAAGCUUGGAACAUCUUCCCACAGAGGUGGGAAAGUGUGCAUUACUAGUUCUUGGUGUAGUAGGCCCUGUAGUUUUGAUGCUUUCGUGUGAUAACUGGAAAAGAGGAUUGGUGGUGGAGUUUAAGUAGAGGGGAGCUGUGAAAUUAAAUUGUGAGAGUUACUCAUCUGAGCAUCCUUGAGUGAGGUUUCUGUAGUUGUGGAGAAGGUGGGUUUAGUCUAAUGUCAUACUGUGGAGCUUUAUAAAGUGGGAGAGCAGAGGGGUUAGUAGAGGACUUUUUGAGGACUAGAGGAUUAGUUUCAUUAGGUGCUAGUGUGAGAAAUAGGCGACAACUAUGUACAGGAAAGACUCAAGCAGUAUACAGCUGAGGAUCUCAUGGCCAGCAAAAGUUGCACUGUAUACCUCAUUAAAAUUGUGUGUCUGUAGCCUGCUGAGUUUGUGAAUCUUCCCAUCAAGUGCAGUGUUUGCUGUUGCUCAUAUUGGUCAGUGUGUUCAUAAAAAUAACCUGUGGCUAUUUACUGCAGUUUUGAAUUACAAAGCUUGAGUGUUAGCUCAUCCUUUGGAGGAGGAGAACAAAUGAGAAGGCUGUAGUUCUGCUAUUCCGUUGUAAGCUUGUCCACUUGAGUGAACCUGUUGUAUGAUCACGCGAGUCAACUCACAGGACAAUUGUAACUGAAUUAUUUCUGAGGGAAAGGUUGCCAAGGCUAUAGAGAUGACAAAGUAAUGCAUGAAACACCUGUCGGGAAACAUAUCGGAUCUCUGGCUCUACCAGCCUCCUAGUUGUUUGCUUUUGUUGAAGCGAGCAUCAUCCACAGCGCUGCUCAUAUGUAAGCACUCAUGUAAGUAGUCCUCAAGAAAGACAUUGUAAAAAGUCUGCAGAAAUGUUAUGAAAUAAGGAGCCACUACGUGGGAGUGGAGGGGCAGGCACUGAUCUCUGGUGACCGAUGAUAAGACCAAAGGAAUGGCAUGGAGCUGCAGCAGGAGGGUCAGAGUGGAGGGUGUUUGGGAAAGGUUCUUCACCAGAGGGUGGCGGGCAUAGCCUCAAGAGCUGGAGUUCAAGGAGUGUUUGGAGAGCGAUCUCAAAUGUAGGGUUUGAAUCUUGAGUGGUCCUUUGUGGAGCCUGGAGCUGGCUUUGAUCGUUGUGGAGUCUCUUCUAACCGUUCUGUGAUUCUAGCUGGAGUAACUUGCUGACUGUUCACAAGGCAGACCUGGAGCAGAGCCGAGGUCAGGAAAAGUCUGAACGAUGGCAGGCUUUGUCCACUUCGUUUACUUCAUCUACCAGAAUCUGGUAGUUCUGAAGAGAGAACGUUGGUUCGUUCUUAAUGUUAUUUAGGGAAGGUGCGGAAACUCUGUCAGCGGUAUGGAUCUCUGUAAGCCUUGGCGAUCUGUUUAGGAUAAGGUUGGAAGGAAAUUGUAUCGUGUACUUAAUUGUAAGAGGCACUGUUCCUCUGCAAAUAAGCAAUUGAAAUCCUGCUCUAAACUUCGCGUUUUGCCAAGAACAGAUCCGCUAUUAAUCCUGCCAUUUCAGUGGAGGUUUACCACGUGUAUCAUCUGAAUUUGUUAGCAGAGAAAUAUUGCUGCUAAAUGAAUUACAUUGUUCAGAUGUUCAAACAGCGCGUUCAGAGCACAGAGUACACCGGGCUGAAUCUGAUUAAUAACUCAUACCGGUUUCGGUACAGUGACAGUGGCAACGAAUGUGGUAUGAAUGAAAACUUUGUUCUCCUUGCUGUUCUGUACAAGCAAAGGGCCGGGGAUACUGAUUUCUUAGGGAAGGCUUAAGUACAAUCUGUUGGCAUUCUGUAAUUCGUAUUCAUACACUGAAUAUAUUCAGUACAGAAACUGCAAGUGUUAUAUCUGAGUAUCAGAGCUUUUUCAGGAGUGAGGGGGCUCAUCUGAUUUCCUUGAGUAGGUGUCUCAGUGGGGCAGAAGUAGUAGUGAUAAACCUCAGGAGAGAGCAGUGAGAAUAAAGGUUAGACGAAGGCCCAAGGCAGCUGACAACUUUUUUGAGCUGCACAGCUGAUCCUUGGUUACCUGGGGUCAAUCACAUCAUCAUGCUGCAACUGUUCUUGUGUCUUGUUCAUCUGAACAAUGUAAGAUGUGAACUUCUCCAGGCAUGGACUGCAGCAGCCCAUCCCCUCUCAUCUGCCAGCUUAGCUGGGACUUCUAAUUUCAACUCAGAGAGCGUGGGACUCUUUGCUGUAUUUUUUGUGAUGCUACAAUAAGAAAAAUUGAUUUCUGACAGCAUUUCUUAGUUAUUUUAUUUCUAGUUCAAUUGCUAUUCCUUACUUUGUUUUCUAUCUCCUUUUUGUUUGCAAAUUCUUCUUGCUCUCUAUACAGUGCUUCUCAUGAUACUUGGCAUCUCAGUUGUUCACCUGAUUGAAAGCAUUUCUUAUGAAGUAAGGGAACCAGACGUUUAGGAAGGGCUAUUUACAAAGAAGGAAUGGCCAGAAACUGUGUGGGCAAACAGUUGUGAUCAAAGUACCACCUGUGUGCUAAGCUUAGUCAGAGAUGAGAUUCAAGUCAUGGGAAAUGUUCUCUGAAUGAGUGCAAAUCACUUCUAAGGAGAGACUAGCUCAUGGAAAGAGAGUACUUAUUGAUCUUUUCCAGCUCUCUUUAUUUUUGUGUAUGAAGAAGAUAAGGAUUCUCUGGUAGAAACAGCUGUAUAUACUUAGGCCUUCAAUUGCGCAAGUCUAAGAGUAUAAUGGGAAUGUGUAGUUGAAAGGUUGCUUGAGUCUUCCACCUUCAUUCACAAAGGAUACAUCCUUUCCUCCCUCUCUGUUUAACAGCUGAGAAAUCUGCUAAUUAGACUGCUGUGGAAUUGCAACAUACUUUAUGGACGAAAUGGAGUAAUUCCCAAAGGGACUCCGGUAUGUGCCUGCUUCACAGGGAUAAAUGAUAGCCCCACCCAGCUGCUGGUGUUCUGUGCUGCUUCUCACAUGUUUCAGCAUGCUUUGAGAAAAGGAGGUCAUUGUUAGCAGGAAACAGACCCGAAGCAGCCUAGCAAGAGGCCAGCGCUGCAGUCAGAAAUAGAACCCAGAAGCCCCAAAUGUCAUUGCUCUCUUCUGAGAAUGACCCCACGGUGCUCUUGUGCAAACAGCAACUUCCCUUCAUAGUAACCUGGGGAACUGGGAGCAGCAUGGGGCACUCUGCCUUAGCAUGGGAACUAGCAGGCUGCAGCUAUAGCUCUUUCCUUCAAAGUGUAGUUAUUUCUUUAGUAGCGGCUUCCUGGGAAUCAAAGUUCUCCAUGCAAGACAAGUUUUAUGUGAUCUUUAAGGUUUUAGGAGGUGCCUGCUGCUGGUCUGGUCUUCAGUUUAACACCAGGGUGGUGCAGCCUUGCUUGAGAUGAUAGGUCCCUUGCUGUAAAGCUCUGAGUGGUUCUGAAAGGAGAUAAUCAUGAACUUGAGAUGUGUGUGGCAGGAACCGCUUGUGAAAUGGAGUGUAUGGCAAACAGGUAUACAGGUAUUGGACUAGAGAGAUUAUCGCAUUACAAAGGAGAAAUGAAGUAAAGAUCUUACCCAUGUCCUGGGCUCGCAGAAUGGCUCCAAGAGGAAUGAUCUCCAGAUAGAGAUCCUUGGGAGUCAACCCUUAAAUGGGGCCUAGGAGGGGGGCAGCCAGGCUCCACUCCUUCCGGUCACUGAGGUGAAAUUGUGUUCACUUGUGCCCCUGCAGCUGACUCAGCGCCCGCCUCAGGUGGUCAAUCAGAGGCUCAGGCCGUGAUUCAGCAGUUCCCAUACAUGGAGGCAGAUUUCACAGUAAAUACUGCAGUACAAGACAGCACUCCCAUGACUUGUAGCACUUAAUGAGUUGUACUCUGCAGCGCUGCUAAAUUUUCUGGCAUGGGCCAUGCUACAGGAUUGUGACUGCUUGUGGACAAGGCUGUGGGUACCAUAUGCAGGUUCACCCCCAACUUCAUGUUCAGUUCCUUCAGCUACUGGCACUGGACUGAAGGGAAACACAUCAUCUCCUCUAAGAGGAGAGUAGAUGAAAAGUUGUUAAUAAUUACACAGAUACCAUAGAAUGUGCUUAGAGCUGAGGAACGCGUUUCCAUGUGGAUGAUUUAAUUGGAGAUCUGUAUUUCUGUGUGGCGUAGAAUCUUCUGGCUCCCCUGGUUGUUGAGUGUUUUUUUUCUGCUAUCAAUCACCUGAUGCUUUGUGAUGAAGGAUUAAUUCUGUGCUAGCUCUUACCUCCACCAGCUUUAGAUGGGCUGUUAUGUUGCUAACCAUGAAGUCAGGGACCACGAGCUAUUUAUUGCUGCAUAUUUGUGCCACUUGUCCUGCUGUCUUAAAUGCACUGUUUUCCUUCAGUCUUCCUACUAAGCUCAAAAACCUCUACCUCCGUCUGAGACCCAAAGAUCUGCCCUCAUCCUUCUGAACCAGGAAAAGCCCUUUUUAUCCUGAACUCUUAGCCACCAUUUGCAACCUCAUUGUGGUUUGAAUAUUUUCAGACCUACUUCCUCAGAAGUCAGAAACUUUAUACCGUUGUUAUCCUUCAAGUUCCUGCUCCCAGAGGCCUAUUUCUUCUGUACAUCAUGCUGCCCCAAAAAGGCUCUUCCACAGUUGUGAAGGGCUUCUUUUGGGUACAGGCCGUAGCUGCUCUGCUCUUCUGGGUGGCUAAUCCAUGCCUCCGAAUGAGGAGUUGGCAGGGCUGCUCGGGCAGGACCUUGUAAGUAAUAGGUUCUGAGUUACAGGACGAUUGCUGCUCAAGGUUUUUCUCUGCAAGAUUAUUACUUCAGGUUAUUUAAACAGCUCCUGAAGGCCCUAGAGCUCUUUUAGCCCAGAGCAGUAGCUGGUAGAACUGUAAUGGAUAAGGCUAUAAAGUUUGUACACAGUCCUCAGAAGCAGCUUUAUGAACUAAGCAUAUGACUUAGCAGUUCAGGAGAUGUAAUAUUUUUAGUAUUAUAAAAAUACCAGAAUGCAAUGACUGAAUAACCUCCAAAAUGAGGAAGAAGGGAGUUUAUGUAUGUGUGAUAGGUUUAAUUUUCUUUAUCGGAGCAUGCUGUAUUUUUUUAAGUUAGACCUGGGUUGGAUGUAGUUUUCCUUUUCUUGAGGGAUCUUUCAACUUGAACAUUUUUCUCCCAUACCAGUACAAAGCAUACGAUCUAAACAAGUGGCAUCUUUGGGUUGUUUGAUAACUUCAGGCUCUCUUUAAUGCUUCUCACUUUAUUAAGAAAUCACAUUUAAAUGGCUUUCCUUUCUAAAUCCAAUUCUCAAAAUAUACUGUUUGUAAAGAAUGCCAUUGGUUGACAUUUUGGCAGUUCUGAGCCACUUUUCACAGUGGUGAUGUCUUACAAAUGUUGUUUUUUUUUUCCCCGAGAACCAAUGCUUUUUAACAGCCAGGAAACAGUUUGGCUGAAGACUUUCUGACCAGCUCUAUAACCAUUUCGUUUGAUUUUGUAUGUUCAUUUUGCAAAGUUGCCACCGAUAUAUGAAAGCACGGCCUCAGCAGCCAACGUGUUCAGCAAACGGGUUAUAAAGAACAGCCAGGUUAUAGCCCCAAGCUGCUGUCAAAAAAUUGCUGUUGGGUUUUUGAGAACAAAAGAAGACUUUUAAACUACAUGUUGUGUUUUUGUGUGCUAUACAGAGCUGAUUCUGGUCAGGCCUUAGCUAGUGUUAUACUAUCUUGGUUAAUCCUCUAGCAAAUGACUUUCCAAGCAUGGAGGAGACAGGCCAGGCACCAUUUCCAAAGCAUCCUAGCUCUUGGUGUACCUUUGCUGCUGUUUUCUUGAAAGGAAGUUUUCCUCCUGAUGCCACCCGUGAAGGAAGCUGAGCAUAGCACCUCUGGAAGCACCGUUUCUGCUUUCAUGUUCCCAUGGGGCAGCUGCGACCAGUCCUUCCACCGUUGCUCAUAGGGCUGAGUUAAGUAAGGGACAGCAUUUUUUAAGCCUUGAAGGCAGCAGAUGAUUGGUAGUACCACUGUUAUUUGCUACUGUAGAUGAGGCUUCUACUGAGUCUGCCACAGAGGGGGGAACUUGUCCUGAAAAACAGGGCAGCUCAACCUUGCUGCAGUAAGGCCUUGUUCGCUGGUGUCAGUAGCAAAGCAGGAAUAGGAUUAAAGCUUGGGCUCUUCCUGCUUUAAGGAUGGGGGAGGAACCAUGACACUUUCUCACUUCAGAACAGUCUGGGUUUCCUUCCUGGCACAGGGGUGAUUUAGCCAUUUAACUUGUGGUGCCUGGUGUUACCCAUCAUCCCUGUUCCUCCUGAAGGUCAGAUUGGUGUUCCCUCAUAUGAGGAGAAGAGAAGGCAUCUGGAUAUGGGAUGACACCUUCCAUCCUGCUCGAUUUAACCUUUAUUGCUGCCCUCGGAGGUCUUGAGCAGAUGGUCCUUUUUUUUUUUUUUUGCCCCUCUUUUCUCCCAGUGGAAAGCUCCUGCCAUCUCACUGUUCUGCUGAAAUCACAGAGAGGUCUUUGAAGUGCUGAUCUGGACUGAGUAUGGAAGAGAAAACAACAGCAUCUAAAAUGAAGAUGUAGGUGGGUUUGAUUUCUGUUCCUAUAUAGUGUGUCACCAGUGACUUGACCAGUGACUGCUCAAGUAUAUCAGGUAGCUUGCUUUUUUUAGAUAUCAAACUGGAAGAGAAGCAGAUGGGGAAUAAGGGAACAGUGAGAUUGUUAAUUUAACCCAAUACCUCUUCAUCCAGUUCAAAAAGCCAGGUGUUUUGUGACUGUGCUGUUUUGAUUGAAGAUGCCGUUCUUCAAGAGCUAGAAACCCUCACUCUGUGCAACUCAGUAUAAGUCCUAGAUACAGACCUGUGCUUACUUGUAUGGACAGGCCUGUUGGUAAAGGUAUUUGCAGAAACUUAAAGGCAAGCUGUGUGUGCAGGAGGACUGGGAAGCAUUUUCCUUCUGGGCACUUGGCUUGGGCAGCACCUGCUCCUCUGUAGAGAAAUCCCCCCCAUCCCACCCAGGGCCACAGUAGUGUUUUGUUCAGCUGCUGCUCUGUGAGCUAAGUUUUUGGUCUUCUACAGCUUGCACAUGGGAGAGGGUUUGUACAGCACACACACUAUUGGUUUUGGAACUUGGAGAGUGUCAGGGAGUUUCCUAGUCUCUGUAACUGGGGAUAAUGCAGUUUGCCUUGGACAAGGCUUUAAUGUGUUCAAAAACAACCUUUCAUCUGUUCCAGCAUUCAUGUUUUUGUGUAUGAUCAUGUGUCAUGUGUAUUAUGGGCUGCUCGUGUUCCUGUGUAUUUGAUGGAAUGAAGUAAGGUCACAGGAAACUUGAGGCUUCAGCAUGCACAGAGCUACACAAGUCCCAGCGUCCAGGCUUCUUUCAUCUGCUUCACUGUCUCCCUUACCUUGUUCCCAGUUUUAACAACCACAAGGCUCCUGCCUAAACUCUUCCAGGCCAUCUUUCCCCCUGUCCCAUCUUACCAUGGGUAUGCCGAGUUUCCAUCGUUUACUUACCUCUCCCCAAUUGGGACAGUCCUAGUGGUGUUACAGUGCCUCUAGCAAGGAGCUGUGAGGCAUCAGGAAAUCUGUGUGGCACUCAGGAAAAUGCUGGUGCUCUGCAGCCUCGUGUAGCAUCCGAUGGAGCAGUGUCUUAUUGCAAGUGCUGUACAAAUACAUAGGAUUGCUCAUGAGAGUAUGGGGCUUAACUCCAUAAUUCAUGCUAAUUGAUGCUAAUAAGAGAGCUGCUUAGGGAGGACUCUGCAUAGUACUCUGCUAACUCUGCCUUUCCUCUGAUCUCCUGGAAGGCAUCACCUGUAGGCUCUGAGAGGGCGAUUGGCAAACCGUAGUCGGGGGUGCUCCAGACCUCAGCUGGUGAAAUUAAUGGCUGGGGGACAUAAAUAUAAGCAAGUGGUGUUGCAUGCUUUGCUGUAGGAAAUUCCAGGAUUAUCUGUGUUUUAAACCUCCUCCACCCACAGAAUCCAGCUGUGAGAACCCUGCGAUCUGAACCUUCUCCCUCCGAGCUGCUGUGCCAAAAUAGAAACAGGCUUUUUCCUGGUCAAGCUUUGUCCUGAGAUGAUCUCUCAGUUUGUGAAUGUGCUCUGACUUGGCAAAAAUACAGCCAUUUAAAAUAUGCAGCCUGACAGCUGUGACACUGUGCACACUACGGUCUGGUGACUGACCGGAGGAGUAACAAAUGCCCUCUGCAGAGCAAUGCGGUCAGCACUGGAGUCAGUCCUGGCAGUGCCGGCCCUGCUAGUUUACAAACCCAGCACCCCUCCUCUCCUGCAGCUGAGGCACAAAACUGUGGCUUUGGCAGUGAGUUAAGGAGGGUGGGAGAUGUGAGGUCAUAAAAUCAGCCGGUGACCUGGAAUGCACUGGUGUUUGCAUUGCAGCCUUUGAUGUGCAUGGCUAAAACAGGGUACCAGGGGCAGAAUGCUCCAGUGACCUUCCAGGGCUGUCAGCUUCAGAUUUGAUUGUCUUUUCUAUUUGCAGGUAAAGAACCAAAUAUUUGGGCUGCAAAGGUGUGUAAGCAAUUUGCCAAAAAAAAAAACCAAACCCACCACAUUUGUAUAAAUCUCCAUUCAGUUGUUUUCUUAGUGGAAAAGAAAGGCCAGCCCUUCCACAAAGCCCAUGGCAGUGCAUUCAUGACGGUCUAAGUUAGAUGAAUAAAGGCGUUUGGAGGAUCGAUUCCUGCAAGUUGCAGUCACUGCUGUGCCGCCAGUUUAAGCCCACAUCCAGCACUACAAGCGAGUAUGCUGGGAUGGUUGGAACGAUGUCCCUUCCCUUGUUUAGGGAUGUUUACUUAUCCUUUCACAAGGACGCAUACGUCCCAAGCAACAGCACUGAGUUUUCCAGACUUAGCAGUGGAUCCAAGCUGGUAGGAAAGCAGAAAACCCAGUCAUUUCUUUUGGUUACCUUAUGAGAUAUAAGGGAGCGCUGAAGUGUUUCUUUUUCUUCCAAAUGAGGAACGUCAGCUAGGCCUUUCUCAUCUCUCCUAAGAAUAUGGCGUGGGAGGUCUCAGAAGUACAAAAUUGCUUUUCCUUAAUCAAAAAGACAGGAGCCCUGGUGCUUUAAUAGAGACAUAUUUUCUUCCCAGCAGUUCUCAAACAUUUGUGCUACAUUUAAUUCGAUGAUGGAGGAGUUUUAAAGGGGAUGAAUAAAUCGUUCCUCUGUGUUAAUUGAGUGACACGCAGAUGAUGUAUCCUCUGGCAGGGAUCUGGUAGGUCUUUCAGGAAAAAAGAAACAACUAUUAAAAGCAGACUCAAUUUACUGCGUUUAAACAACGGAAGUGGAAAACAUGCCUUACGUACAUAAAUGUUCCUGUCAGAGAGAAAAACGUAAAAUGGGCAUGAGGGCUCUUCAGCUAGAUUGGGCCAAUUCAUUCAGUUACCGGGGGUAACUUGGAAGAUGUUGAAGUGUGAGGAGGAGGAGGAGGGCUGGUGCAACACAAGGCUGUCAUGUGGGUGCAGCGGGGCUGAAGCUGCCGCCUUGCAGGGCAGGAGUGGGUUAAAGCUGGGGUAGGUCAUGGCACAGCUCGCUCUUUCUGAAUUACGAAUGCCACGCUCAGGGUAUGCUUCUGCUUUGCUAUGUUAAUGGCUUCAGUGCGCAGUAGCUUGUGCGUGUCUUAACCAGGCACUUGUAUGUCCUACAUACGUCAGUCGGCAGGCAGUGACAAUGCACAGAUGGAUUGCAACCCUCGCACCCACUUGAAGAAGCUUUGCAGCAUUUAAAGCCAGAGGUACAUCACUGCAUACUCCAAACUUGACCCUAAAGAGAUGCAGUUUGUACUCAAAAAAGACACACACAGCUCAUAUUUGCUCUAUGUUUAAAUCAAGCUCAUGGUGUAUUACCAUGCAAACAUUACAACCUGUAUUUCCAGCAGAGUCACUCAGCUCUCAUGUGUAGAUGCUGUCAAGUCAGGGAGAAGGAAAAUCAAGUAUACCAAAAAUAAAGAAAACAAUAUUCUCACACAUGCUGCAGCUGCAUCACAUCUUGUUUAUUACGUGCAGCUCCUCCCACCCCAAUAAUGACAUGCUCUGAAGGUUUCAGAGUGGAAAGCUCAGCAGCUGCCGAUGCAAAAUGACAGCUGUAAAGCCAUUAUGAUUUAUACCGCCUCCACAUCAAGUCUGCGGGCUUUGUUUACGAACGGCAGGGCUGUUUGUGCAAGGCUGUGCCCCAUUUGGCGUAUGGGAAAUCUGGUGGUGCAAUGAUGUAUUCAGCUGUGUUGGGAAAUAAAGAGGCAUUCUAAAGACUUAAGGCGCUAAGUGCUCCUUGUGUGCUGCUGCAUUUCAUUUAUAACAUAUCCAGGCCCGGCUCUGAUUGGCUAUAAACAAACUCUCAAUGAAAAAUAAAAGCGCAGACUGCCUGGGAGAAUGUCUUCCAGAUUUCUCAUACAGACUUCAUUAGCAAAGCUAGGCCUAAUGAGUGCACAGCAGGCUUUACAUUACACCCUGCGGAUACCGGGGCAGGACUUUGAUAUUUACAGUAUCAGUACCAAUAUUUACACGUAGGCCAUAGGCUGGAACGAUAGGAAGCUCAAGACUUGCCAUAAGAGCUGGGGUGGGGGUAUCGUUUAGAAAGGGAAGAUAAGCAAAGUUAUUCCUACCAAGAAAGUGGGAAUUCAGAGCUGUGUGGGCUGAGUUUUGUCCUCACUUGGCUUGGGGGAAUUAUGUGAUUUUAUUCUAUGACUCACAGUUGUUUCUACAGCAUUUGCGUCACCCAAAGAAGUUGAAUCUGCAUAAGACCCAGCGUGUUCCAGGAGGGAAUAUUUUGUUCCGUAACGUGAACUCGUGAGCACAGACUGGCAGCUUUCUUGUUUUGCUUCUUUCUUGUUGUUAUCAGUCGGGCACAAGCAGCAGAAUUUCUCAGAGCCUUCAGAUUGUGUUAUCACAGGAAAGCAAAUGCGGCGUCAGGGAAAAUCCUAGCACUGGGAGAUUCAUUUGCGAUUCAGCGAGAGUGAAUUUCUCUUACUGAGAGCCAUAAGCCUCUGGUGUGCCUCCCUUGGACUCUGUUCACAUGUGGAAAAACACAGCGCCGCAUUAGUUAGGUAACUGAACUGCUUUCCUCAGUUCCACCCGGAUUCGGCCUUAUUUCACUUUCAGAGCCUCUCCCAUUAUAAGUCAUCCCAUCAUAAGGUGCCACAAGUUAGUCACUGCCCUGGAGUGCUUGGGGUUUUUCCACCCAGGAGAGUUGCUGUGGGGUUUGGCACACAGAGGAAAGGGAUGUCAGAACUGAAAGGUGAGCUCAGGCAUUGGUUUGGAGGUACAGCAAAUCCAAAUUUAGGGCUCUUCGGGCCGGACCGCGAGGACUACAGCCCUGUGGUGCAAAGUGCUGACCCAGCCCUGGCUCGCUCUGCUUGUUGAGACGUGUUCGAGUGUUUCUGAGAAGUUAUAUUUAUGCUGGCAGGCUGUACGGCAGUCAGGUGGUGUCUAUCCACGUGGCUCUGCUUUUCUGCAAGGCUGGAUCGCGUUGCUUUUCCUGCAGCUGGCACAGAGCUGUCAGACAAGUAUGAUGUUGACAUAAACACUGUGCCAGCUAAUUUGACAGAAAUGAGCUGGCGUGACCCGGAGCCUUGCAGAUGGGGUUACAUUAAGGGCCGUGGGGAGUGCCUCAACCCCCCGCCCAUGGCUUGGGAGCAAGCAGUGCCUCAGAUGUAGCUGAAAUCCCAAGCAAAACGAGGCUUUUCUUGCACCAAGCACCUCAUACAAGAUGGAGAGUGUGAGUGACACUCACCUCUCACCCCACCUCUUUGCUGGAGAGUGUUUGGGCUGGCACCGGACUUUGCCUCUUGUUCAUCAUUUGUUGCUGCUUGGCACUGAUUUGAGGGCGUCAUCACCCUGUGUGCCCCUUAAGGUAAAGGAAACUUCCUUCUCUCCCACCAUUUUGGCUUUUGCUUUCCACUCGGUCAGGAUUUGCCAAGGCCAGGUCCUGAGGCCCAGCGUAAGGCGCAGGCAUCUCAGAGUGUAUCCUGGCAGGAGCUGCAUUAAUCCCCCGCUCUCCCUCUCUUGUGUCCAAAGGAGAGGGAAACGCAGCCGAUGCAAUUACCAGCUCAUUAACCAAAUCCCAUCACAACCGGUCACUCUGCGCAUUCUUGGUGAUUUAAUUCCCCCAUUUAAUUAAUUCCUCCCCUAGACGCGAUUAGCUCACAUUAGAGACUAAUUACCUGUUAAUUUUCAAUUUGAUAGUCAGUGCUCUUCCAGGCUCUGGCUAAGCUUCCUUGGUCAUGCUGGAUUUGCUCAGAAGCAGCCACUUACUCCUCUGGAUCCGGGUUCCUGCUGACCUUGCUGUCUCCUACACCACACGCAGGCCGACCGCAGCCCCACCAUGAUGGCAGUGCCCGCUGACACCGGGGAAUCCUGAGGCCACUGACCCUUCCCAUCACUGCUGGGCUCUUCCCACCUGCCCAAGAGCGACCCAAGGGAUGUGAGAACCCAAACUGGAUAACAUUUACAGUGCACAGCUUUGACCUUCUGCCCCACUGGUGCCCAAAGCCUGUGGGCUUUGAUUUUUUUUAUCUGCUUGUGUGUUUGUCAGGGGCCCUGGGGAUGUGCGUGCAGCCAAGGGCUGGCUGCAAGGGCUCUUGGUGCAUGGGGAGCUUUUCUUGCCAUCUGCUCUCUGCUCCCGAGACUUCUGCAUUUUAUCCACGGGAUGGUUCGGUACAAAAUGCAGAAGCUGAACAGGAAGCAGAAGGCAGUGCUUCCUCCCCACCUCUCCCACCUCUCCCCCCAGAUGUGUUUGCAGAACUGCUUUCUCAGUGUGUUUCUGCCACGUGGAGGCCUCCUGGCCUCAUUUGUGAUCUGUGCAGCACAGUGUCAUGGUUUGGACAGGAGGGGGUGACAGUCCUCUUCUGAUCCACGCCAGCAUGCAGCAUCUGCUGUCAGGGCACUCCUUCAUGGGCUGUGUGUGGGUUUGCCUCCCCCCACACAGCAGAAAGCAAAACCUCAGGCCUGCUGCUGCCCAGGCGAGCACUCACAAACCCCUACAGCUGUUCCAGGAAAGCAACCCAGCUCUGACGGACAGCCUGGCCCUGCAGUUUACUCUGGAACACAGAGCCCUGGGCAGCUUGAGGCGUAAUGUCUGGAUGGCACUUAGGUUGAACUAGGCCCCAAAAGCUGUCAGCUGGGGCUUCAGACAACGCCCUGUAGACAUAGGCUGACCCUGCUGUGCCUUGCACAGCGGGCAUGAUCUAGGGGAUGCCUCAGCCCUUCAGAUGGAGGCCUGCAGGCAGCGCAGAUAGAUUUCCUCCCCCACUUUCCUAUCCCACGCUCGUGAGCCCAUUGCUCUGACAGCACUGUGUGCAGAGUGCUGUUCCCAGAUGCACCCAGGCAGCUGCUGGCAGUGCUCGCUGCGUAGCAAGAAGGGUGAGGAAGUGUUUUGGGUGCCCUGCAGGGUGGAGGGAUGUGUGGCUGGAGCUGUGCACUGGGGACAUGCCAGAGGUGAGCAGGAAAGGUGUGCUGCCACCUGCCAGGUGGGCAAGGGGACAAACAAUGAGCUUAGGAGAUGUGUGGCAACAUGAGAGAUUGAUUAAAUGGCUUUCGUAGAUGUGUGGUAUGAGGUGGUCCAAGGUGACAAGCCAGGAAAAGGAGCAUGUUCCCCCCUAGAAUCAUAGAAUUGAGUUGGAAGGGACCCUUAAAGGCCAUCUAGUCCAACUCCCCUGCAAUGAACAGGGAUGCCUGCAGCUACAUCAGGUUGCUCAGAGCCCCGUCCAGCCUGACUUUGGAUGUCUCCACGGACAGGGCAUUCACCACCUCUCUGGGCAACCUGUGCCAUUGCCCCAUCUGCAAAAAAUGUUCUUCCUUAUUUCCAAUCUAAAUCUCCCUUCUUUGAGUUUGAAACCACAUCCCCUUGUCCUGUCACAACUGAUCCUGCAAACGUGUCUGUCCCCUACUGUUUCCUCCACCCAUCUGUGCCAUAGAAGCUGAGGCAAGAAGAUAAUGGCUUUUGGUGGCCUUUGGUCGUCCUUCAAUCUGCCAUUCUUCUUUUUGGACACUGUGGGGCGUGAGGGUGAAGGUAGGCACAGCCCUGUGUAAUUAGAAACAGUGCUACUUCCCCAUCCCACACCUGCACAUGCUGAAUGUGCAUCACCAACACAGCUUCUUGGAGGAGAAGUGUGAAAGCUCUGACGAAAUCAAAAGGAACUAAGAGCCAUAGUAAGAUAUUCUGGGUAGAACUUUUUUUUUUUUUUUUGAGAGCUGACAUGUCUUGCAGAGCCCCAGUGUGAUUUAUUUUUAAUGCUGCAUGUUUAGCCCUCCUUCACCUUUCCUACAGCUCAGCUUGAGCACUGUUGAGGUUGUUCUGCAACCCCAACCUUCCCCUGCCUUGUACAUGUGUUUACCUCAUUUGUUUUCUGCUUCCCACUAUACACACACAGCAUAUGUUCUCAGUUAUAACUCAAACCAGGCAUGCUAGCUCAAGCAACUUGUUGUCACACACUUGUUGCUAGAGCGCAGCCAUUGCUAGCACAGUUUCUCCCCACUCUUAUCAGGAUCAAGCAAACUCGAUGCAACGUUCACAGCCUCAGUGGGUAGUUUGGUUCAACCUAGAAAGGGUGAAGUGAUUGACAAGCUGCAGCUUUGCUGCUGUUGAGCUCGUGGGAGUUGAGCUGUCUUUUUGCCAGUUGCUAGGCUGGAGACCUGGCACUGAUCUCAUCCAAGAGUGCAGCACUCGUUGCACCGGCAUUGCUUCCUUCGUCACUGUUGGCUUGGUGGCCGUUGUGCCUCUUCUCACAUUUGGGCACAUUUGGGUUGCCCGAGUUUGUUUGUCCCUUGGGCAGGGCCCAUGCUUUCCUGGUGAUUGUACACACAGAGCUUCCUCCUGCCUGGCCCCUUUGCUAGGAGGGGUGGAAGGCAUGUGCAUAGCUGCUUGUGUUGAAACCUGUUAGCUGGAGGGAGGGCUCAGGCACAACAAACAGCCUUUAAUAGGCUCUCCUGCUGUGUUUUCAGCAAAGUCGUUGAUGUGGGCCUGACUAUUCAGUGAAUAAAUGCAUUUCCAUCUUGAUUAUGUGCUUGUGAAAGCACAGUAAGUUCAUUUAAUGAAUCUUCCAGAUCAUCUGUAAGAAUAAACUGCUCUAAACUUUCUGAUCGUUAUGUUUUUGAAGUAUCUAUUCUGUGCCAGGAGGAGAAGGUGGUGCAGUUCCUGUCCUGCCGAUGGGGGAUGUGAAUGACCAGGAGGCAAAUAACCUGUCUGGUGAGACCUGGCAGGGCUGUUGGCUUGAACAACCUAUGACAUGCUGUUGGUUUGCUGUAGAGAGGCCAUUUCAAAAGAUAUUUGCAUGGCUGUGGAAGCGACUCUAUUGACUGACUCAUCAGCUGCGAGGGAACUGUGCCGCAUUUCCAUCAGAUAACAAGGAAAUGAAAGUAGCCUUUGCCAGCAGCCUAUGGAAAGCACAGUGUGAGAAGGUGAGCAGGACAAGGCAGCUCUGGGCUUGUUCCACUGGACAGAAGUGACCCCAUGUCUGCUGGUGGGACAUGCGAACAGCAACUGCUUGAAGGCAGAAGUGAGAGCUGGAGGAAGAUGAGGUGGCUCAGCCCCAGUUCAGGUUUCACCAGCAGCCAUUCGACCCCAAAGUUAAACCUAGAGUGUUUUGUUCCCUUUCAGAUGACACUUGUGCUGCUGGCUCUGCACUUUCAGGUCUCUGCUCGUGCUGCAAGGUUUGGCUGUGGUGCAGGACUGGGCUCUUAGACCCAGGUCUGAGAGCUGGUACCCACCCUGACCCUCUCCUCCUGCUGUUUCACAGGCUUUGCUUCUUGGCCCUCCUGGUGCAGAAGGACGAUAGGAAAAUCUGCUGUUCUGGCAGCAUCCAGGAUUUUCUGGGAUGUGCUGGCACAUAACUGGGCUGAUGUUUCCCAGAGCUCUUGUAACUUCAAUGGGAGGCAGCCUCAUAUGCAGAUGGAGAAAUUGUCCCUGUUAAGACCAGUUCAGAAGUGAAAAAAACUUAUUUUUCACCUAGAUCAGUUUCACUGUGACAGCUCAUGCCUGGGCAGCAUCCACUGCUGAUGUGGGAAUGCAAGCAGGGGUGCAAGGACCUGCAAUGUGGAAGCCCAGGCCAUCACAGUGAAUGUGAGGCCUAGUAAUGGGCAGUGCUUUGGUCUAUAAUGCUCUGCCAGGGAGAUUCCAGGGCUUGGAGGGUGCUGUGUGCACCCAGCAGUGAAGUGUGGACAUUGUCAGAGGCUGCUGGAGGGAACGAGAGGCCAGAAAGCCCACCCAGUGCUAAGCAUCUGCAGCACUCCCAGCCUCGAGCACUCAUCAGCCCUGAGUCACACUGACAAAUGUCAAGGUGUGGUUUAAAGCCUGGGAUGGGUUUGGUUUUUUUUUUUUUUUAAUAAAACCCAAACACAAGUUUCUUUUAUCUGCCGCUUAGAAUUUCAGCUUUUCUACAUAAGAGGACUGCAACUUCUUCCCACUGAACCACUUUCUCACGUUGCCAUCUCAUUUUGGCCCCAGGGGCGAUCAGAACACGAAGCUGGAGUUGCGGGGGCUGGCAGAAGAGCUCAGUGUUCCCGCAACCUUCUCCCCGAGGUGCCUGCAGAGUGAAGCUCCCCAGCCAGCUGGCUGCCCACAGAUGGGUAUUUCCCAGAAAAGGUGACCUCAGUGCCCCCCGACAGCCUCCCCACUGUGCCUGUGCCGAGGCAUCUUCUCAGCGCUGUGGUUGAGAGGGGACCGCAGGCAGACUCGUGCGAGUGGGUAGCACAGGGCUGAGCCCUGCUGGAGGCAGCUUCUGCAGCACCGCCGUCGGGGUUGGGGCUGCUGACAUCGCAACAGGCACAUCCUGCCUCCAUCGCCCCCAAAUGUGGCUGCUGGAGCGAAGCUUUCCUGCUGCCUCGAGCAUAAAUUCAUCAGGUAUUCCAUUUCCUAAGGGGGAGAAAAAAGAAAAGAAGCAGAAUAAUUCACUUAGAAAUAAAGCGUAGAGCCAUUUUCCCUUUGACACGGUGAGUGCAAUUACCUGAGGCAUGGAGGGCUGAGAUAACUCGCUCAUUCAGCUCCUUCUCUCCACAGAGACCAUCAUCAUUCUGUCAGAAAAGGCUUUAAAAAGCAAUUCACGUCCCGAAUGCAGAGUCUCCCCAUACUGGACCCGUCCUUGUGAUUUCCACGCAGCAGCUGUGGCAGCAGGAGCAAAACUGUCUAAAUUUAGACAGUGCAGUGCUCAUUAUUUUGAGGGCCAUACCCACCACACAAGCUCCCUGUGUUUGCAGUCACUUUUCCCAGAGCUGCUGUCAUCUCCUCGUCCUUUAGGAGCAAAGCUUAUUGGCAUCCUAUUUGAAAAGCUCAAUUAACUGCAGCCAUAAGCCUGUGCUUGUCCUCAAAUAUAAUCAUGUUUAGGCUGCGCCCUCUGCCCCCGCCUCCUCAGCCAUUAUCUAAUGGGCAGCGGAGUAAUGGCUUUCCGUAAUGCUGUUUGAAUAGCAGCAGUUCAGUUCUGGGCUUAAUUUUUUUAUGGUGGGUUGGCAGGGAGAGAAAGCACCGGUUUGGAUUGCCUGCAAUCCCUGUUCUGCUUUUGGAGCUUUAGGGGACGGACAUGUUCUUCCAUCUCCACUAAUCUCCCUCUGAUAUCGAGGAUUUUCCUGCCAUUAAAUGAUAGCUCGUGAGAAAAAAAAAUGCCAACUUCCCAGAGGCAGAAUGCAGCUAAUGGCAUUCCUGUGAGCAGGAGGGAGAGCACAGCCACUGCCCGGCCAGCCAGGAGCGCACCGUCAGCACAGCUGGAGGGAAGGAGAACCUGCAGGGUUGGCUGAGAAGGUGGAUGGUGGAAGGAAGGCACCCGGCAGGGACGUGCGGAGUGCUUGGGACCGUCAGAAACCUCGUGCAAGAGGAUCCUCUUCCUCAAUCUUCUUAGUAAAUAUAGACCUGGCAGUGGGAAAAUGAUGCAGGCAAACAAGAGGGUGAAACCUGUCUCUGCUCUUCCCGUGUGCUUUUAGAUCCCCCCAGUUUGCUUGCCAGACCUGAAAUGCCACUAGUGAAUAAUCAAGGUAAUGUUUGUCAUCAUUUUAAAUGUCAUCCUUUGGGUGCCCCAUGUCCACGCGGUGUGGGCCUGCGUGCGGUCCUGCCCUGCCAACUGUGUGUGCACCCAGGAGCGGAGCUGCUCUGUCCUCUGUGACCGUGCCGGCCUGGGGCAGAUCCCCAGUGAAUUCCCCUGCGAAGCCUCCUCUAUUAACCUGGACAAAAACAGCAUCAAGUUCCUCUCUGAGAGGGCCUUCGGUACUUUGCCUUCCCUUAAAUCCCUGUCCCUCAACCACAACAAUAUCUCCUUCAUCACUCCGGGGGCUUUCAAAGGGCUGCCCAGUCUGACAGAGCUGAAGAUGGCCCACAACGAGUACAUCCGCUACCUGCACACACGGACAUUCACUGCUCUCAGGCGGCUGGUCAAGUUGGACCUGGCGGACUGCAACCUCUUCAACAUCCCAGACAGGAUCUUCAUUGAGCUGCCCUCUCUGCAGGAGCUUUUCUGCUUCCAGAACAACUUCCGAAGGAUCCCAGGUGCCAUUAGGGGCAUGGAGAAUCUGACCCAUGUCUACCUGGAGAGAAACAGGAUUGAAGCGGUGGCCUACAAUUCCCUGCAGGGCCUGACCAAGCUGAAAUACCUGAAUCUGCAAGACAACAGGAUAAAUGUUGUUCAUGAGCGAGCUUUUCAGGGCUGCCGAAAGAUGGAGUACCUGUACCUGAAUGACAAUUUGAUCAGUGAGCUUCCAGAAAAUUCCUUUGAUGGCCUGAGGUGCCUGAAAAUGCUCAACCUAGGGGGAAAUUUCCUCAGGAACGUUUCCAACACUUGGUUCAGGGACCUGGUGGAACUGGAGGUCCUCUACCUGGACCGCAACCGGAUCAACUACAUUGAGGAGGGGGCUUUUGAGAACCUCACCAGCCUGGUCUCCUUGCACUUGAACAGCAACAACCUGACGACCCUGCCCUUCUCUGUCUUCCAGCCUGUGUACUUCCUGGGGCGGCUGUACCUCUUCCGCAACCCCUGGGAGUGUGACUGCCGGAUUGAAUGGCUGAAGGAGUGGAUGGAGAACUACAGACUUGUCAGGGACAUUCCCUGUGCCUCCCCAUCCUCUGUAGCUGGGAUCGACCUAAUGGACGUGCUCUACGAUAGAUCACCAGAAGGUUACUGUCUUGACCCCGUGGAGCUAAAUGUCACAUCCGACAGCCCGACCCCAAGCAGCAAGCCUUUCUCGACCACAGAGAGCAAGUUCAACAGCCUUAUUUCUAAACUCUUGCUUCAGAUGGGCCUUCCUGAAGAGGUGGCGAACACUACCGAAGUCUUCAGUAAUGCUACACAACUGGAUGGACUCGCUGAUGGGGUUACUUCUGGCACAAGGGAAGACAGCAGCAAAGCCAUCUCCUUCUCUUUCCACCUCCCAGCACUUCUUACAGUGGUUAUUUUCCAGAGCAAGUAGUGCAAAGGCUGCCUGAAGCAUGCAUCCUGCUGGAGCAUUUAUUCUUUGUCCCUUCCUUGCUACAAAACAUUGCUGGCCCUUUUAAACAGGAGGAUGGUACCUGCAGAGGGUCUGGGGUGAGCAUUGCGUUUUGGGUGUGAUGUCAGAUAGGGAUUUUGUUCUUCUCCCUGCUAUCCUGACACAUCUGCAGGAAAACCAGAGACACCCAUUUUUGUCAAAACAGUCUUCUCUGAGGAAAAGCUUUCAACACAACAGUUCACUCGUCCAUGUCUGUUUCAAAUGUUCAGUUCAUUUUUCGAUGAAUAUAUUGUUUCAAGGAAUAUGCUGUUUUUAUUUAUAGGUUAUUUCAUGUCCUGAUAACAGGAGCAGAAUACGGCAAUGACAAAUGUAGACAGGCUGUACUGUACUGUUUUAUAUUUCUAGCAGUCAUUAAUAUUUAUCACACAAUACUUAUCAUACAUUACUUAUUAUAUUGUGGUAUACAUGUUCAUAUAAAAUGAUAGGACAUAUAUAAUCCCUUAUUACUACUAAAAUGUCACAAAAUCAGAAUAAAAAUGGAAAUGCAUUUAAACUA